CUGAGAGAACAAAGUUAAAGGAGCAUCACCUGCCGAACACUGAAGUCAGCAUGAAGACUGUGUGCAUCACGCUGGGCCUCCUGCUGGCCGCUGUCUGCUACUGCAACGCCGUGCCGUACGCGGUGAACUGGAGCCCCGCAGAAUGCUGCUUCAAGUUCUACACAGGAAAGAUCCCCAAAAAACAAAUCAUCGAUGUCAAGAAGACCUACACCAACUGUGCCGAAAGCGCAUUUGUGGUCCACACUGCCAACGGGAGGCAGUACUGCAUCAGCCAGAGUGUGGAGUGGGCGCAGGCAGCUUACAACAAAUUCAAUGUUCAGGCGUAGGACGUCCCGCGGCCCCUGCCCCCCGCCCCCUGCCCCGGCACGCUGCUGCUCCGCCUGCAAAGUCACUUCAUAUCACAGAACCAUGUCUUCUCCAAGAGGCUUUGCAUUACAGUUUCCUGACAGUUGUUGUUGGUGUGUGACAGUGCAUUAUGUAAUUAUGCUUCAUUUUGUAAUCAUUUCUCAAAAUGUGAAACUUUGCUCAUUUUACAACAAGAUACACAAUUUGUAAUAAAAACCUUGAAUGCAACAGGUAGAACAUUUCCCUGCAUUUUGUGUGAUUAGAGCCGGGCUCUGCAGGG